AUGUUUAGAAGCAUCGUCCAGCGUUCGUUCCAAAGAAACGCCUCUCACGGCCACGGCCACGUGUCCAAGUACCUCAAGGAGGACCCAUUCAAGAACAUGCGUAACAAGAAGGCUGGUGAGGCCUACAUCAAAGACAUGGAGGAGAAGGCUCACCACUCCAUUGGUGUCACUGCCAUGUGGAAGAAGAUCACCUACUUCGUUGCCAUUCCAGUUGUUAUUUUGACUGCCAUUCCUGUGACCAAGAUCGAGCUUGACCACGCUAAGCACAGAGAGCACUUGAAGCACUUGUCUGACGAGGAGUGGCCUGUGCAAUACGACUACCAAAACAUUAGAAACAAGAAGUUCUUCUGGGGUGAUGGUGACAAGACCUUGUUCUGGAACUCGGACAUCAACAGAAACAUCGAGGCUUAA